AUGGCUAGCAAGGAUCAGGUAAACGAGAAGGCCAAUGCCGAUGUCGGCAACGGCGAGGUUCUUCAGACGAGAACCUCUACCAUCGAUCUGGAAGCGGACAAGAUCUUUCAGGAACUCAGUUUCUCGCACGCUGAUUUGGAAGCUGCACGCGUCCAGGCUCAAACGUUGACGUUGGAGGAGGCAAAUGCCAUACUCGAAGAGUACCUGGUGCAACAUGGCGAGGACAUGACCAUUCCGCUCAGCACAAUCGCUACGGUUAGAUCCAUCCUUGAAAAACUUCAAACUCCAAAGGGCGCCGAUGAAUAUCUUGACCACAUUACGCGCACCACUGCUGCCGUUUUGAACGGAAACUCAGCCUAUAGAGAAGUCCGCGCCUCCGUGGACCCGAAUGAUGACGUUGAUAUACCUGUCAACACGAUCCGAGCCUGGGUGAUUGGUAUCAUCUGGGCCUCGGGUCUUGCUGCGAUAAACCAGUUCUUUGCCCCACGCCAGCCGGCAAUCACGGUGACAGUGUACUUGGCACAGCUAUUCGGCUUCCUUAUGGGAAAGUUCUGUGCUGCGAUACUUCCCACUACCGUGUUUCUCAGCGGCUCUAGGUUGGAGUUUACUCUGAAUCCGGGUUCCUGGUCUCUCAAGGAACAAACGGUCGUGACAAUGAUGGCCAAUGUUAGCUACGCAACUCCUCUCAUCUCGUAUCUGUUUUUCAUGCAAAGGCUUCCCAUAUAUCUUGGACAAGAGUGGGCAGCAAGCUAUGGAUACGGCUUUUGUAUGCUGCUCGCCACACAGCUUAUGGGCUACGGACUAGCUGGAAUAUCUCGCCGUUUCCUCAUUUACCCAGCGAACAUGAUAUGGUAUUUUGUUUUGUCACAAAUGUCCAUGAACAAGGCAUUCAUCGACAACAUCAACGUGCCAGCCAAUGGCUGGAAGGCCUCCAAAUUCAAAUUCUUUUGGGUCGCUUUUGUCGUGGCCUUUUGUUAUUACUGGUUCCCUGGCACUAUAUUCCCGACAAUGACCUUCUUCAACUGGAUUACUUGGGUCAAACCGACGAGCGUCACAGUGGCAAUCGUCACAGGGACAUAUUAUUUCAACAUGGGCUACAACCCCCUUCCUACAUUGGACUAUCAGUGGCUCGCCACUUUAGAUCCCUUUGUCACUCCUUGGUUCGUUCUCGUCCAGAUCGUCAUCGCCACGGGCCUUUGGGGAUUGUUGGUGAUUAUACCGCUGUUCUUUUCCAAUACUUGGUACACUGCAUAUCUUCCUAUCAACUCGUGGUACCCGUACGAUAACACCGGCCAAAUCUAUUCAACGUCACUGAUCCUAGGAACCGACAACAAGCUGAAUCAAACUGCAUACGAAGCCUAUUCUCCAGUUUUUCUCCCGGCUUCUGUUGGAUUAAGAUAUGCUGGAAUGAUGGCCAUGAUCCCGGCUCUCUUGACAGGAACCUUCGUUUAUAAUCGUAAAAUGAUUAUCCCCAUCUUCAAAGGCCUAUUUCAACGGGAUAAGAGGUCGGGUUGGACAUCUGAUGUGCACUAUCGACUUAUGCGCGACAACUACGAGGAGGUCCCUGAUUGGGUAUAUCUCGGUAUUUCCCUGCUAGCCAUGUGCCUGGGAUUUGUCGCCAUCUAUGUCUGGCCCACCAAUCUUCCUGGCUGGAUCUUCCCAUUUGCUUUCUUCUCUAGUGCCAUUUUUAUCAUCCCCAUUGGUAUCCUUUGCGCAAUUACGGGAUACCAGACCGACCUUGAAAUUCUCUUCAACAUUAUCGGUGGCGCGGUCAGUGAUGGAGACCCAAUAUUCACAUUUGUAUUCAAGACGCUGGGAAAGUGCCUCAUUCAACAAUCCAUCUUUUUCACAUCAGACAUGAAGUUGGCUCACUAUGCCAAGGUGCCCCCACGGGUUACGUUAGCGUGUCAAAUUGUCGGUACCUUUUUUGCUUGCAUCGUCACUCUGGGCGUAGUCAACUGGCAAAUCACCGGAAUUGAUGGCAUAUGCGACCAGAGUGUACAGCAGCGGUGGAUAUGCUCUGGCGUCGCGACAAACUGGACGAGCGCGAUCGUUUGGGGUGCCCUGGGCCCCCGCCGCCUUUUUGCGCACACGAGCAUGUUCAGGUUCAUUCCCAUGGCGCUACUCGCUGGCGCCAUCUGGCCGAUCCCAUGGUAUUUUGCGACCAAGAAAUGGCCCAAUAGCUUUCUGCGAUAUUGCCAUCCACUUGUCAUGUUGAUUGCUCCGAUUUUAUGGGCGCCCCUCAACUUCUCCAACUUGUGGGGGGCGUUGCCCAUCUCCUUCGUGGCUGGCUACUAUGUAAAGACACGCUACGUCGACUGGUGGAACAAGUACAACUAUGUCCUUUCGACCGCCUUGAUCUCUGGAAUUGCCAUUUCGCUCAUCAUACAAACGCUUGCAAUCACCAAUCAAGGUCUCGCAUUCCCUGACUGGUGGGGUACCACACAGUAUUACCAGACUUGUGAUUUGCAGGACUGCCGCUAUCUCACAGUCGCUGAGGGCGAGACUUUUGGCCCCGCAGAGUGGCAUUGA